AUGGAGUCAUUUUUACAACCACCACCGCCAUUUUCGUUCGAGAAUAAUCUCGUUAAUGUGACUUGCGGAAAUCUAAGUACUGAGUGAGACAAUUGAAAGAAAUCUUUUAAAAUCUAUUACGAAGCAUGUGAACUUUCAGCGAAACAUAAACAAGUGCAAGUCAAUAUAUUGUUGCAUGUAAUCGGAACCAAAUGUCGAGAGGUGUACGAGCAAUUUACAAACGACGACACGGAUACGGUGGACGGCUUGCUAAAGAAGUUUGAUGCGUUUUUUGUUCCUGUAAAGAAUUUGGCAGUCGUAAGGCAUAAUUUUUUUAAAAGAGAUCAGAAGAAGUUAGAGUCAACCGAAAAGUACAUUUUUGAAUUAAAUAAAAUAGCUGCUAAAUGCGAGUAUGGAGAUUUACGUGAUGGAUUACUGUGCAGCAGGUUCAUAUGUGGUGUGAGAGAAGUGACGCUUUCGGAACGGAUGCUGAGGGAACCGGACAUUUCAUUAAAGAAAGCAAUGGAUAUAUGCAAGUUAGCGGAGAUGUCAAAAAUGCAGGCAUUAAAAUAUAAAAACAAAUAGUGUCGAACAGCACGUACACGAAGUUUCACAAAA